AUGUUUGCUACCCAACUGCAACAUCAACCUCAACAACUUCAAAAUCAGCCACCACAAUCAUAUCAGGAUCAAUUUAAACUAUCUGAUAGUAAAGCGUUAAAUGAUGAACAAAUUUAUCAGUGGAUUAUAGAAUUGGUAUCAGGAACAAAUAGAGAAAAAGCAUUAUUAGAACUAGGUAAAAAAAGAGAACAAUACGAUGAUCUAGCUUUAGUACUAUGGAAUUCAUUUGGUGUUAUAACAGUUUUAUUAGAAGAAAUAAUAAGUGUUUAUCCAUAUCUAGAACCUCCAAACUUAAGCGCUUCAACUUCAAAUAGAGUAUGUAAUGCAUUAGCUUUAUUACAAUGUGUAGCAUCAAAUGUUCAAACAAGAGGUUCAUUUUUGAGUGCAAAUUUACCAUUAUAUUUGUAUCCAUUUUUAUCAACAAAUGCAAGGCAAAGAUCUUUCGAAUAUCUUAGGCUCACAAGUUUAGGUGUAAUUGGUGCAUUGGUGAAGAAUGAUACUCCAGAAGUAAUAAAUUUUCUUUUAACUACUGAAAUUGUUCCAUUAUGUCUUAAUAUUAUGGAAAUUUCUUCAGAAUUAUCAAAAACAGUAGCAAUUUUUAUAUUACAAAAAAUUUUAUUAGAUGAUCAAGGAUUGAGUUAUGUCUGUACCAUAUUUGAAAGAUUUCAUACCGUUGCAUCUGUUUUAUCGAAGAUGAUUGACCAACUAAGCGCAGGGAUCAAACAAUCAAAUCAACAAAUACAACAACAACAACAACCAUCAUCUUCAAAUAGUUCGGGGAGACUAUUGAAACAUGUCGUAAGGUGUUAUAUGAGAUUAAGCGAUAAUAUGGAAGCAAGAAAAGCUUUAUCAAAUAUUUUACCUGAACCUUUACGUGAUGGUACAUUUUCAGUAAUAUUACAAGAUGAUGUUGCUACGAAAAGAUGUCUUGCUCAAUUAUUGACAAAUAUAAGUGAACAAUGA